UUCUAAAUUUUGGUAUAUCUUUGUACAUACUAUAAAACACAACAAUGGGUAUCCCUGCUGGUAAUGCUGAGAAUGGAAAGAAGAUCUUUGUGCAGAGAUGUGCCCAAUGUCACACUGUUGAAUCUGGUGGCAAACACAAAGUUGGGCCUAACCUACACGGCUUCUUCGGUCGUAAGACUGGCCAGGCAGCUGGUUUUGCAUAUUCUGAUGCCAACAAAGCUAAAGGCAUUACAUGGAAUGAGGAUACUCUGUUUGAGUACCUCGAGAACCCCAAGAAAUACAUCCCCGGAACCAAGAUGGUGUUCGCUGGCUUGAAGAAGGCCAAUGAGCGUGCAGAUCUUAUUGCAUACUUAAAAGAAGCUACUAAGUAAUAUCAAUUUAGAAAUGUAUUUAAACAAGUAGAAAGCAUCUUCCAUAAUAUUUCUGGGAAAUACUUUCUAUUUUAGCCCAAUCAGUAUCACGAAGAGUGCGUAUUGUAAUCACAAAAUUGCAAUAAGCAUAGUAAAUUAAUCAAAUCCAUGUCAUUAAAUUUAGUACCGUGAGUACUAGUAUUGUGCGCGAUGGAUGUUAUUUUGCCUAGUUUUACAAUGUUGGUGAAAUUAAUGUAAUUAAAUUAUUGAUAGAUUACG